UCAAUUUCCCAGAGUUGCAGAGUUUGUGUGAAGAGCGAGUCGCUAAAUAAACUCCUCCCAUAUUAAGACGAGGAGUUCAACGUCUUGAACUGUUCGAGGGAACAUGUCAACAGGACACGAAACCAACAGUCUUCGAGCUGCUGAGUACGGCCUGCAAGGGAUGGUGAACAAGAGGAAAAUACUACACUGAGAGAAGAAAAAUGGAUGCAUGAUUCCAUUUUGCACAAAUUUAACUCAGAAUGUACCAAGUAGUCCCAGGAGGAGCAGGAGGAACAAUUACAGAUGGCGGGCCCAUCAAGAAGAAAGACAAGGACAGUCGCCCUCUGGUGGGGGCUGGAGUUAUUGGUGCGAUUCUGGUUAUUGCAGCAGUGACUGCAUGGUGCUACUAUAUUGCCUCCCUUCGUAAAGCUGACCUGCUGAAGACAGAAUUGCUUGAUCUGAAUAAGGAUGGCUUUCUCAUCCGUAACCAGGCUGGGGGGAUUGUCCUGAAGAUGGGUUUCAGAUCUGGCACACUUGAUCUCGACUCCUGCUCAAAGGAGGGAGUGAUCCUUCGUUGUUCGCGUUCGUUUGCUGGCAAGGUGAACUUCUUCAUUAUGACUGUGAAACCAAAAGAGACGGUGGUGUGUUACCGUGUGCGUUGGGAAGAGUUGGAGUCAGACCGACCUGUGCAACAUGCCAUGUACUACAAUGAAUCGCACUGGUAUGGUGGUGCUGAGACUGCUGUUCAGCAUUGGCCUAUUGCCAUCUCAGGCCAGCAGGCACCCAAACCUUUUGUCACUAGUGACGUGUACUCCAAUCGACAUGACUUCGGUGGCAUCCUGGAGCGCUACUGGCUUUCGUCCAAUGCAACUGCCAUUAAGAUCAAUGACUCUGUGCCCUUUCACCUGGGCUGGAAUGAUACAGAGAAAACCAUGUACUUUCAGGCACGAUAUCAGAACAGUCCAUACAAACCAGCACCUGGAAGACCUCCCUAUGCUGAGCUUAGUUACAGAGUCUGCGUUGGCCCAGAUGUGACCUCUAUCCACAAGGUCAUGGUUCGUCGAUACUUCCCCAAACCCAACAAAGUGCCUGCCAAAGAAAUGUUCCGGCACCCAAUAUGGUCCACCUGGGCUUUACAUAAGACUGACAUCGACCAGGAAAAGCUUUUAACUUAUGCAGAGAAUAUACGCAAACAUGGUUUUAACUGUAGCCACUUAGAACUUGAUGAUCGUUAUACUAGUAAAUACGGGGAGUUUGAAUUUGAUACCCACAAGUUCCCAAAUGCUUCUGCCAUGUUUCAAAAGCUCAAGGCAGAUGGCUUCCUGAUAUCCCUGUGGACGCAUCCCUUUGUGAAUUAUGAUUCUGCUAAUUUUGGGCCAUGUGUACAGAAAGGCAUGUUCGUGAUGGAGCCAACAGGCCAACUUCCUGCAUUGGUUAAGUGGUGGAAUGGCAUCGGUGGAAUCCUCGAUUUUACCAAUCCAGAAGCUCGCAACUGGUUCACGUCCCAUCUUCGCUCUUUACGCCAAAAAUAUGGCAUUUCUUCCUUCAAGUUGGAUGCAGGCGAGACAAGCUACUUGCCCUGGCAGUUCAGAACUCGAGUCCACCUCCCGGACCCAAGCACCUUCACUCGCCGCUACACCGAAAUGGCCAUUCCUUUCAACGAACGUGCUGAACUUCGGUCCGGCUACAGCUCUCAGAAUAUCUCCUGUUUUUUCCGUCUAAUUGACCGGGACUCUGUGUGGGGCUAUGAACUUGGCCUCAAGUCCCUGAUUCCAACUGUCCUCACCAUUAGCAUCCUGGGCUACCAGUUUAUCUUGCCAGACAUGAUUGGAGGCAAUGCAUAUCCCAAUCGUACCGAUGGAAACGGCAAGCUACCAGACCGUGAGCUCUAUAUUCGGUGGCUGGAGCUGUCUGCUUUCAUGCCCUCCAUGCAGUUCUCCAUUCCUCCAUGGGAGUAUGAUGAUGAAGUGGUGGCUAUCGCUCAACGGUUCACUGAACUACAUGAGACACUGGUGGCUCCCAGGGUCAUAGAACUGGCUGGAGAAGUUCUGGACACUGGGGACCCCAUAAUUCGCCCAUUAUGGUGGAUCGCCACCAGUGAUGAAACGGCUUAUAGAGUUGACUCACAGUUUUUGAUAGGAGAUGACUUGAUGGUGGCACCAGUACUGGAGCCGGGCAAACAAGAAAGGGAUAUCUAUUUACCUGCUGGACGCUGGAAAAGUUACAAAGGAGAACGAUUUGACAACAAAGAGCCAAUACAUCUAACAGAUUAUCCAGUUGAUCUUGAUGAAAUUGCUUACUUUGAAUGGGUUCAGUAAGACUUAUGGCAAGCAUCUGGAGUUUUGAGUUUUGAUUUUUUUUUCUUCAGGGAAAUUAACUAAAGUUAUUCAUUCAGGGUUUAAAUUUUACAAUAUAAAACAGGACUGUUUAAAGGGAGAGUUCACUCAAAAAUGAAACUUUGAUGUUUAUCUGCUUACCCCCAGGGCAUCCAAGAUGGUGACUGUGUUUCUUCAGUAGAACACAAACAAAUAUUUUUAACUCAAACCGUUGCAUUCUGUCAGUCAUUUAAUGGAACUGAAUGGCAAUCACAGCUUAAAAAAUACACAAACAAACCCAAAUCAAACCCUGCGGCUCGUUACGAUACAUAGAUGUGUAAAGACACAAAACGAUCAGUCUGUGCAAGAAACUGAACCACAUUUAUAUUGUUUUUUUUUUUUUUUUUUUUUACUUCUGAUUCACCACAAUGUCUGAACUAUCCUGAGCGUGUUCUCAACAGCUGGUGAGUGACUGGUCAUCGUCUUCUUCUUGCUUUAUGGUGGAUCGCAGACUUUAAGUGCAUUACAGCCACCUAUUUCUCAAAUGGACCAUUGACACUUGAGUGACUGUUCAAUUUCUCACACUGACCAAUCGUUUUGUGUCUUCACGCAUCAAUGAAUCGUCACAAGCAGCAGGGUUUAAUUUGGUUUUGUGUAUGCUUUUUUGACUCUCAAAGCUGAGAUUCCCAUUCAGUUCCAUUAUAUGACUUCUGGACUACAAUGGUUUCAGUUAGAAAUCUUUGUUUGUGUUCUACUGAAGAAACAAAGUCACCUACAUCUUGGAUGCCCUGGGGGUAAGCAGAUAAACAUAAUUUUUUUUUUUUGGGGGGUGAACUAUCCCUUUAAGAAGUAAGCUUCCGUUAGCACAUUCUGACAUUCUUCAUCAGCUUGGCUGUGAUGUUUUGUGCCAUCACAAUUAAAUAUGCAUUCGAUAUCUGAAGCUAAUGUCUUAACCCGUGCCUUGCAUUUAAACAGUGAAUGUCUUUGAGAUAAAACCUUGACACAAUUAAGCUUUUAUAUAUGCAUCUUGCCAAAUAAACUAACUUUAAGGAUGCUAAGGAUGUAUUAAUGGGCUGUGACAGGUAAUUUUGCACAAUGCAUGCUUUGUGUUCUCUAAUCUGCAUUUUUUUUUAACAAGGGAAAUUUUACCAAUACUGUACAUAAGUCUUCCUCUUGCAAAGCAUAGAAUAUUAAUUACUUUUCAAAUGUUCUUCUCAUGUUCUUAAAAUCAACAAUUUUGCUAGUGCAUUUAAAACAGUGUAUGUUUUUUUUUAUGACUGCAAGCAGUAGCAGUGCUGCACUUCAGUAAAGUCAGGUCAUGCAUGCAGCACAUUUGUUCAUAAUCUGUCCUACUCUUGUCUCGUAAGCACCAAUACUUGAUAUAAUCAAAUUAGAAGUUUGUAUGUGUAAUGAGUGCUUGUGGCUGCAUUGGAAUUGACCAGCAGUCUUUUUUUACUCUACUUGCUAUGUAGUGCCAAAUACAGUACAUCACCAACAGACCUUGUUCAAGCAUAACUGCCACAUUUACAGAAUCAUUUCCUUCCACAUAAAAAACAGUUUGUCUUUCAUAUGAAAUCGAUGUGUGCUGCUCACGUUGUUUUGAAUAUUAUGCUGUGCUGUCUAAUUUUUGUGUUUCGCAAUAAGGGCACAACACUAAAUGCUUAGUCAGUUGAUCUUUAUCAGAUUAUAUUUUUUGCUGUGCAAGGGUCACCUUUGUGUUUGUUUAACGCUCUUCCAGCAGGCUGACAAUCAACUCCCACUGCAAGCUUUUUCUAAUCUACAACCUUCAAGCUUAUUUUUAGCUAUUCUCACACAACUGUGAAAGCACACUCAUCUACUCUGGUGAAACAAUGAAUCUGUCAAGCAAAGUGUCUGCUCUAAAAGUAGCUACAGAGUACGUAUAGACAUAUGGCAGCUGCCUUUCCAGUACUCGUGUACCUCAAAUAACCAUUUAGUGUUGCCUCAUGGUAUUUUAAUAUCUUUUCUGAGGAGAUGCAUUUGGGGUGAUUUUCUUUACUGGGACUAUAUGCUUGUGGAUUUUUCACUGUUGGAGAUCUUGUUAAUAGGCCCCUGACAGUGUGGGGCCCCUGGUUGACCUAAACAGACUAUAGACUGCUGAUGUUCCAGAAACUCACCAGAGCAUAGCCACCGUCAGCUUUCCACAGACUGGAAUUUCAUGUGUUUUUUUUUUUUGUCAUAAAGAUUGAUAUUGUGUUAACAUAAAUUCCCAGAAGAAAAAAUGCUUUGUUUGUACAUCUCAUAGACUUUGUCUGUGUGUGUGUUCCUUCACAGUCAUCUGUGUGUAGCUGUCAAUAUGUAUGACAAUAUGCAAAAUGUUUGUAUUUUAAAACAAACAGUAGUGAGUGAAAGUAUUUCUUCAUUUUGUGCACAAAACUGCAUUUCACAUGCCCUGGUUUGACCAGCUGCACUGAACAGAGUAUCGUUCUCCAGAGCAUCACAGGAGGGCAGUGUUCACCUGCUUUUAUAAUGUGUUGACAUGGCACAAGAAAAUCCUGUAUUUAUUUCACUUAUUUUUCUCUCAUUGAAUAUAAUUAGUCUGAUAUUGAAGUAAAAUGGUACCAUUAAACUUUUGACCUCUUUCAAGA